AUGUGGGAGAAUACAGAACCGAAACACAUCGCCUUUCCGGCCCACGAUCGGCACGUCGUGACCUCUAUGCAGAUUGACGGCGAGAAGAUUAUAGUAGCAAGUGACAGCGGCAAUAUUCAUAUAUAUGAUCUCAAGACCGGCGCCGUCCGGGCCAAGCUGGAAGGACACGAAGGAGGAGUAUGGACAGUACAACAUUAUGAGAACACCCUUGUCUCAGGGUCCACAGACCGCACAAUCCGAGUGUGGGAUAUGGAACAGGCCAAAUGUACUCAUAUCCUUCACGGCCACACUUCCACAGUGCGGAUCUUGAAGAUAUUGCCGCCGACGCUGGUUGAUCAACAGACCGAUCCAACAGCGGUCGUACACGAUCAGCCGUUGAUAAUUUCAGGCUCCCGUGAUAGUAACAUGCGGGUCUGGAAGCUACCGCAGCAAGAAGACCAAACAUACCUGCCCGAUCAUAUACCAGAAAGCGACGAUUGCCCGUAUCUCAUCCGCGUUUUGAGAGGACAUAAGCAUUCCGUGCGCGCGAUGGCUGUCCAUGGGGACACUUUGGUGAGUGGCAGCUAUGACUGCACUGUACGGGUCUGGAGAGUCUCCACCGGAGCUUUGGUGCACACGCUUGAGGGCCAUGGGUACAAAGUUUAUGAAGUUGCUAUAGACCACCAGAGGAAUCGCUGUAUAAGUGGAGGAAUGGAUCACAUGGUCAAGAUUUGGUGUCUUGAAACCGGCGUGCUGUUGUUCAGUCUCGAAGGGCACACGUCGCUGGUGGGCUUGUUAGAACUCAGCGAUGGUUUUCUCGUGUCGGCCAGCGCUGAUUCCAGCCUCCGGAUUUGGGACCCCGAAAAUGGCGCGUGUCGAAGUGUGCUGAGUGACCACAGUGGAGCGGUGACAUGUUUCCAGCACGACAACGAAAAGAUUGUUUCUGGGUCAGACAGGCAUUUGAAGUUGUGGAAUAUCCAGACAGGUGUCUUCGAAAGGGACCUUCUCACGGAUCUCCACGGUGUUUGGCAAGUCUGCUUUGACGGCCAAGUCUGUGUAGCGGCGGUUCAACGAGACGGCCGAACGUACAUCGAGAAUUUAUCCUUCGUGCUUGAGGGAAUCCAAAAAGUGAAAUUUGAAGACCGUUCGAUUCCUCAGCUACACGACCCCUACGAUGUUUUGGUCAGAGUGAAAUUUACUGGAAUCUGCGGCAGCGAUGUACACUAUUGGAGUUGCGGACAAAUCGGACCCUUCAAAGUCGAGCAACCAAUGGUCCUUGGACAUGAGUCCUCAGGCAUUGUCGAACAAAUAGGAAGCAAGGUCACAGCAUUGAAAGUGGGCGACCGUGUCACCAUGGAGCCCGGGGAGCCCUGUCGCAGAUGCGACGCAUGCAAGAUCGGAACAUACAACCUUUGCCCUGCAAUGGCGUUCGCUGCCACCCCUCCCUACGACGGUACCCUGGCACAGUAUUACCGUCUGCCAGAGGAUCUCUGCUACCAGCUACCGGACAGCCUCAGUCUCGAGCAGGGUGCGCUGGUAGAACCCCUCAGCGUUGCGGUCCAUCUUGUACGUCAGGCGGAUGUAUCGCCCGGUUCGUCGAUUGUGAUUUUCGGCGCUGGACCCGUUGGUUUACUGUGCUGCGCGGUGGCCAAAGCAUUCGGAGCCAACAAAGUGAUUGCUGUUGAUAUUCAGCAGCCGAGACUCGACUUUGCCAAACGAUUUGAGGCAACGGCCACAUUCCUUCCAGGGUCGGGGUCGCCGUUAGACAAUGCCACCCGCCUCAAGGAGGAAAACGGCCUCGGCAAUGGUGCUGAUUUCGUCAUUGAUGCUUCCGGUGCAGAGGCCUCGAUUAACACUGGUGUUCAUGUUCUUCACCCGGGUGGCACCUACGUUCAAGGAGGCAUGGGACGUGACGAAGUCAACUUUCCGAUCACGGCUGCAUGCACAAAGGAAUUGACCAUCAAGGGCAGUUUCCGGUAUGCGAGCGGUGACUAUAAACUUGCUAUCCAGCUUCUUGCUACCCAGCAGGUGAAGGCGCAGGAGUUGAUUACGGACAUUGUGAAAUUUGAGGACGCCGAGCGGGCUUUCCACGAUGUGAAGGCUGGGACGGGGAUCAAAGUUCUGAUUGCAGGGCCUGAAGCAUAA